AUGUCGUCUUCCAGACGCAAUAGCGAAACUUACGAAGGAGAAUCCUUCGAUGAUGCACCUGAAUCUCCGACUUCACACGCUGAUCUUAGCGUCUCUAUCCCGAAGAGUUCCUCCUCCCGAUCGUUGACCGACAGCCCUCCGAGUGGAUCGAAUGUAACACCUCAAUUGACCGAAGCACCCCCACUACCUAUAAGCUCCCAAAGCUCCCAAGAGGACCCGGAAAACAUCGAAGAGAGCGAUACUGCCAGUGUAGACAGAAAAUCUGAAGCAGAGGAUACCCCCCGCAAGACCAAGAAGUCACCAUUGCUGACCGCGCAUCGGUUGUCGACGACUUCCCUCGACGAGGUGAACCUUACCAGCAAUAAGGAGGAAGAGUCGCUUGAGAACCAACGCUUGACCGCUCCUGCACCACCUCCACCACCAACCCGUUCGUUCACCAGCCCCUUCGCAUGGCUUUCUCGAAGCUCGUCAUCCAACAAGGAGGCCAAAUCGCCUCCACCGCAGCCCCGCCGCAACACGGCUGCGUCGAUUUCCACGCUCUCCAGCAAUCCUGAUGGUCGAUACCACGAUGGAGAAGAUGCGGACGGCACCGGCUCAAGGAGGCCUCGAAGAAGUAGCCUGAAGGAUCAAUUCAAACAGCUCAGAUUGCGUGACGAAGGUCUUGUAUCGGAGAACGACGAAGCGAGUGUCACGUCAGGACGGGCCAGUAUUAGUCACUCCGCAGGGAGCCCUCCGAGUAUCCCGGAAGAAGGUGACAGCUACACGAGCAUUACUCCAUCCGCAGCUUCUCCCUCCAAUGGUACGUCGACUGUGAAUCCAAAUCUGCCGCCGGGUACAGUCGCAGGCUUCUCAGCCUCAGCGACAGAUGCGUCUGCACCGGUAGACUGGGAGCUCUGGCAGCAAUUAGUCAACCGUGGCCCACAAGCGCUGAAAGGGGCGAACUCGGAGGAGCUUAAUACCGCCAUCAAACGAGGGAUCCCGCAAACUAUUCGAGGGGUGAUCUGGCAAGUCCUGGCUGACAGCCGCAACCCCGAGCUGGAAGAUGUGUACCGAGAACUCGUUGCCCGUGGUACAGACAAGGAGAAGCAGCGACCUGGCAACAGCGCGGCCAGUGGACUAGGCGAAAAAGACUCUGCAAGGUCGUCGUCUCGUUCUUCGGUUCGCUCAGAGCGGUCCGCCUCCCUGGCACACUCGGUCAAUGGCUCCUCGAGCCCUUCCCAUGAACUCGAUUCCGAACGGCUGGCCAAGGAACAAGCAAAGAAAGCGAAGGAGGAUGCAUUGGCGUUGCAAAAGUUGGAGAAAACAAUCCGACGCGAUUUGGGCGCUCGCACGAGUUAUUCGCGCUAUUUUGUGUCACAAGGGAACCAGGAGGCUUUGUUUGGGCUGUGCAAGGCGUAUGCCCUUUACGAUGAGGGGGUGGGAUACGCCCAGGGAAUGAACUUCAUUGUCAUGCCCUUGCUCUUCAACAUGGACGAGGCGGAGGCAUUUACACUUCUGGUCAAGCUCAUGAAUCAGUAUGGUUUGCGGAAGAUGUUUAUCCAGGAGAUGCCUGGUCUUCACCGCUGCUUGUAUCUCUUUGAGCGUCUGCUGGAGGACUUCGAGCCGGCCCUCUACUGUCACCUCCGGCGACGCGGUGUACCUCCCCAGCUGUACGCAACACAGUGGUUUCUCACUCUGUUUGCUUAUCGGUUUCCUCUACAAUUAGUCCUUCGUGUUUACGAUCUCAUAUUCGACGAAGGCCUUGAGAACGCUAUUCUCAAAUUUGCUCUCGCCAUCAUGCGCCGAAAUGCAGACGCGCUUUUGGAGAUGAAGGACAUGGCACCUCUGACCACGUUCCUGAAAGAGCGUUUGUUUGACGUUUACAUCGACAGGCAACCGACUCCCUCCUCGAUCCUGGAGUCUGGCUUCUUUGGAAGCUCGGGCGCUGCCGACAAGGAAGUCUAUCGCGCGGAUAUCAUGGUGCAGGACGCUUGCGCUAUACCUUUAGAACCAGAGACGGUCAGUGCGUACACAGCUGAGUGGGAGGACAAGGUACGGACGGAAAAGGAGCGCGAGGUCGAGCUCGAGCACUUGAAGCACACUGUGGCCGUGCAAAGUGCCCGGAUCCGCCAAUUGGAGGAGCAGAACGAGGCUUCUGACAAGGAGCAUGUUCAGCUCGCGUCAGAACUGGUUCACGUCAAGGUCGAAAACGAGGAGCUGACAGACAUUAAUGAUGCAUUGAAGAUGCAAGUCAAGGAGCUCAAGAUUGUAGUGGACAAGCAGCCAGCAGAGGUGGAGGAGAAGCUGCGCACAGAGAUGGACCGCAUCAUGCAACGCAACCUUGAGGUUCAAAAUGAGAACCGAUCGAUGGUCGAGCAGAUGGCAGAGAUGGAGAAGGAGCUGGUACAGGCCAAGAUGAGAUGGGCCGAGAUCCAUGAAAACCAUGAGAAUCUCAAACAGAAAUGGAGUGACCUACGCAAGGCUCUCGACUAA